AUGAUGUCACAGGGUUUUGUUUCAUGCGGCAUGGAAACCAAAGCCACCAAUGACUUGCAGGAAGCGAAUUGUGCCUUUCAGACCCGACAAGGCCACUCUAAUGUGGUGCAGGGGGACAUCAAUGACGCUCAGGUAGUUGCCAAUUUGCAUGCAGCAUACGGUAGCCCAGUUUUGCUGAGUGGUGGAUUCAGCUGCCAACCAUGGUCAGCCUUAGGUGAUAAGGCAGGUAUGAACGAUCCACGUGCCAAGUCCCUGAUUGGCACACUGAGAGCUGCCUUUUUCCUCCGUGCCUUUGCAAUCCAGCUUGAAUGUGUUGUUGAAGCAAGUCGUGACAAGGAAGUGAGAGCAGUUAUUCAUGAGUACUGCCGACUCACUCAAUUCCGACAGUCAGAAGUUGAACUUUCAUUGGAUGCCAUGAUGCCCACCAAACGAACCAGGUGGUGGUGCAUGCUCACCAAUGGAACAUUGCCGCCAUUGAACCUGACUCCAUUGCCUUGUCUUUCACGCCAGCCAGUGGUAGGAGAUAUCAUCCCUGUUUGCCCUGCAUGGCCGUCCCAUCACAUGUCGCAGUUGGAACUGGACCAAUAUGAAACCCGUAAGUUUGCUGCUUUUGGGGGGAUCGAACAAAACAUGGUGCGACACAAUGCUGUCCUGAGAACGGCAUUACACGGAUGGGCCAACCAGCUGACUGCAUGUCCAUGCAAAUGCAGACAAUUUCCCAUGUCAGAAGAAAGACUUCAAUCCAAAGGGAUGUUUGGGGCUUUGGUUCGUAUUGCUGGGGAAUUCCACACCUCAUCAGGCCAUUACCCCAAAACCAGACACUUGCACCCGUGGGAAAUGUGUGUGAUUCAUGGGGGUAUCCCAGAAUAUGAGUGGCACCCAAUGAGAUUCUCCAUUGCGGCACUGGGACAGAUGGCUUCACCUGUGCAAUCGUGCUGGAUCACCGGUCACUUGCUAGCUUUGUGUGACGAGGUUCAAAACCGCCCUGUCAGGUUGCCGGAAGAGCAUUUGUGGAAUCACUUUUGCCGACUGGCCAAAGCAGUUGAAGCCACCCAGCCACAAGUGCAUGGGACAGAAGGUUUUCAGUCCUACAUCCAUGAAGUCAGGAAUGUCUUGCUGUCCAGGGUUGCCUCUGCCAAAGUACCGCAGAGCAUUACAGCCCCAGAGAAAACCGAAAAGAACGAAGUAAACAGCCAGCGGUCAGGACGCAAGAACCUGCAAAAUGAAGAUCCCAAUGGGGAGAAAGAACAGCCAGCGGUCAAGACGCAAGAACUUGUGAAGGAAGAAAAACAGCCAGGGCGCAGGACCCCAGAACCUGUUACAAAAAGUGCGGAGGAGACGCAAAUACUCCACCCUCCCAUGUGUUUGCAGGCCAUGCCAUCCAGUGCCCCUGUCACUGGUGGCCCCGCCCCCCACCCCUCUAGGGUUGUAGAUGGUAUGCAUGAUGUUGCAAUCUCCAAUGCAGGUGCCAUGCCAAGCGUGCAUUCCAAGCAGAGCCCCCACCCACCGACUGGAGGUAUUACAGCCUUUGCCUCGUCUGCAAAAACCCCAACCAGUGCAGCUGCCACCCAGGCCAAAGCCGCCGGGAAACAUGUUGUGAAAAACCAUGCCAGUGGGCCUACUGCCGUUGCAGAAGGUCGAACCAAGCCAACCCUUCCGGAAGAACUUGGUAGGAGUGAUGCACAUCCUAGUGCUGAAAUCUCUUUGAGCGACAAAGCCGCAUCCGUGCCAACCGAAACCAGUCCGGGCAUGACUCAUGGAUCCAUAGGGUGUGCUGACCAUGCCCCAUCUGAUCCGAUUGAACCCAGUGAUCGUGUCGAGGCGGGAUUGGGUGGGAAAGCUGGCCCUGCAGGUCAUGGAUCACCACCAACACCAGCUGGAAUGCCGUUGUUUGUGCAGCAGCUCAACUCAGUGCGUCCAGCCGAGACUCAUGGAAGCAGACCAUGUCCAGAGAAAGAUUCAUCCAGGGUCAACCAUGAUGACAUUGCCAUGGACAAAGACGCACAUGAAGAACAUGUCACACAUGAUGCCAUGGAGACUUGCAUGCCACCACAUGUUGACGAUGCCAUGGACACUGACCCAUUGCCAGGUGAUCACUCCAACAAGCCCACCAGAGAGGCAAGGGAACCGACUGACCAUGAGGGACUCACCCAAGACAUGCUGCAAGUUGUUCAACAGGCUGAGCUGAGCACACUACAUACACCUGUCAUGCAGUCACACACCAUUCAGAUCAUCCGCCAAGACGAUGAUGUGCCCACAUUCAUCAAAGUGCAGCCUGACACAACAGUUGGUGCCAUCACAGUUGCAGAGGCCAAAUUAGGUAGCCUGACGCCGCCGAUUUGUGUCAACACCUGCAUAGGCACUAGGAUCCAGUCAGCCGCCAUCACCACACCAUUCCAGCAGGUUUUCCUGAAAGAAAUGGCCAAAUAUGGCAGUGGAAGAACCUCAGAAGAGAUCACAAUGCCACCUGAAUUGAAAGAACCUCGGAAGUUCUCCCGGCUUGCACUGUUGUACAGGCAGGAAGCAUAUGUGGCCGAUGAUGAAAUGUAUCACUACCUGUCCAUGCUGACAGCCACUGGUCAAGCCAUCCAUACACCGCUGGCCAUUGUACCGGAUGGGAUUGAUGAUGAAGACCUCAUCCAGUUGCUGAAGGACUGGUUCGCCAAAGCCAUGGUUGUUGCUGAUGGUCCAUGCACACUGGUCACUGCCAUUUUUGCUCACCACCACUGGUUCCCGGUCGGUAUGAAGUUUGCCCAUGGAAGCAUCCAGGUGUUUACAACGCCAGGUGGACAAGCAUGGGUCCAUGUUGCCACCAGAGAAAUGGGAGAGACCUGCUCAAUCCAUACAAUUGCCAUUGACACCUGCUUUCCCAACGACUGUGGUUUUCAGUGUGUCGCGUGGAUCAUGAGUUUUGUGUUUGACCCUACCCAUCAUUUGGGCCAAUUCAAGCCGGUUAAUGCCACCACUGCAAUUGCUUGGAGAGGCCUUUUUGAACAUCACCUGAUCACCUCAGGCAGUGCCAAACGAACUGUAGUCCCAAAAGAGCUGAGUUUUGGAGGUACAACCGGGGGGGAUUUCAUGAUGUCAUUACAAAACCUUUUGAUGGAACAUGGAGUCCCCAAAGAACAUGCUGAGGACAGAGCCAAUGUCAUCUGUGACAAGCUAGGUCGUACCACAGUGGCCAGGACACUUCGAAGUGCCCAACCAUGGAGAGAACUGAAGCAGAUUGCAAACCAGUGCUCACCCAAGCUGCAGCUUGUUUUGGCCAGUGAACUGCAAGCGAUCAUCCAGGCACGUACCGACAAACAACAGAAGUUUGGAUCCAAACAAACCAAAAAGAAAUCAACACCGCAGACAAAGCAUCCGAUCCAGCUCAACGCCGAAGAUAUAGGAAUCCCUGAUGGAAUUUUCCAAGAUGCUUCUGGCCAUGCAAUCCACCAAAAAACCGUUGCUAACAUUGGCCCAGAGGCAAGUGGUAUCAUUGUAGUUCAUGCGAAGCAGGCAGUGCCAUACCUGAAGUUUGCCCAGCCAGUUUCGAGCAAAGGACUUGCCCUCUUGGUCCUGAACCAUCACGACCCGCUCAUGCAGGGGUUAGGGGAGGAGAUCAGAUUUCCUGCCAGGUUCGAAAAGACCAGUGAACCCAUCCUCAUCUCGGCCAAGCUGGUCCAAUUGGGUGCGAGCAUUGUCAGCAGAGUAGUACCUGACCAAACCAUCAAAAUUGAGGAAGUGCACAACUCAGUCAUCAGGGUCAUCAUGUUCCGUGAUGAAAUCGAAAAGAAGUGGGAACACAUCCUCGACAAGCCUGUCAAGCACAUGGUCUCUGCAGUCAAGAUCUUGCAGCCUCAAAGUGAUGGCACAUCAAGCAUCAUGGACGUUUGGGAUCGACAAUGGCUGAAUGAAAAAUUGGAACGCACCCGACCAGCAGAUGCCAGCCUUUUCAUGGCCACCUUCCGAAUGGAGAAAGGAGAUGUUGCUGAGGCCCUCAAAGGAUCAGGAACUGCAGGCUGCUAUGUUGAACCACGUCUGGUAACCGUUUUGGACUCCGUGUUGCCGCUCACGAUGCCCAGAAGGCCUUGCCAGCCCAAAAGCAGGACCCCUGAUGGCAAGGGUGUGGUUUGGGAAUGCCAGGCAAUCUGCAAACCCCCGUUUGAAGUGUACCAAUUGGAGCAUGCUGAUGUACUCAUCACUGAGGUGCCACGAAAACAUCAGAAGCAAGCAGCUGCGCAAUCAAGCAUCCAGGCCUCUGCCAAAACGCUUGCAGUGUUGAAGGCCGCAGACACCAAGGACGAUCCAGACCAGGACCCGUGGGAAAUCGACGACCCUUGGGGUAAUUAUGCCACUCCGGUGAAAGCUGCCAAAAAGAUCAGCAUUCCCGACAACAAAGGUCACGAUGACAUCGACCUUAUUGCGGCCAAGGUCCAAAGGAAGUUGCAAUCCACUUGGCAGCAGACCACAGGAUCCAAGAUGGACGUUGAUGUGGACACACAUGACCACACACGUAUUCAAACAGUUGAAGAUCGAUUGGCCAUGCUCGAACACACAGUCCAGGCGAACCAUACCCAGCAAGGACAGCAUGUCCAAGAGCUUGCCAACCAGAUUGCCCAGGUCCAACACAAUGUAGACCAACAAGGUAAAGCCUUUCAGACCCACCUGGAUGACAAAUUGGACAAGCAGCUGCAGCAGAUCGAGCAACUCCUCACCAAGAGGAGUCGAACCGAAUACGAAGUUAUUCUGCACCAAGCCGAAGCUCUAGUUCCUAUGACCUGGGCACUGAGUGAAACGCACUUGACCACAGAAGGCAUCCGAAAGUUCCGACAAGAACUCAAGUUCCAAGCUAGCCAGUGGAACUUUGUGCCGGGCGCACCAGCCCAACCACGCACUACAGAGCCUGUGAAAUCACAGCAAGGGCCCCUUGACAUCCAGGAUCACCAACCAGGGGUGCUGAAGCUUGCCAGGCCCCAAGCACUUGAACAGGGUGAUAACCUCACACAACCAAAACUUGUUGGCGACCUUAGUGACAUCUUUCGGGCUUUUGAGGAGCUAUGGCAACCCAUGUGGCAAAAACACAAAGAUACCAGUGUUGAACAAUGGGAGCCUGUCAUGAAAGAUAUCCAAAGCAAGGUGCCUGCACCUGCCGAAGCUAUGCAAAUGCCCCCGCUGACACCAGAACAAUGGGUGAGAGCGGUGAGAAAGAAGAAAAGUACCAGUGCGGUUGGACCUGAUGGUGUUUCCAAAAAUGAUUUGCUCAACAUGCCCAUGCCUUUCAUAGAAAAGCUGGUCACCCAUGUAAAUCAGAUCGAACAAGGAGCUUAUGACUGGCCCCAAGCCAGCAUGGUGUGGAGGGCGCUCGCUGAGCAGAUUGAGCACUCGCAGUACUUCCAGACAGAAUGGACUGGAGCAGUCACAGAUGUGUGUAAGUGCUUCAACACGUUGCCAAGGCAUGUUGUUUACUUCCUGGGGCGCCACAUGGGAAUUCCAGAGUUCUUCAUGAAAGCAUGGAUGCGCAACCUGGCCAACAUCCAAAGAAGGUUUGUAGUCCAAGGAAGCUGCUCCCCUGCCAUCAUGAGCCACACGGGCUUUGCUGAGGGAGACCCUCUGUCAGUUGUUUCCAUGGUAUUGGUAAAUUGUGCUAUGCAUGCCUUGGUUACCCAAAAAACCAGCCCUGUUGCGGUAAUCAGCUAUGUGGAUAACUGGGAAGUCCAAUCUACGGUGCCAGAAGUCACUUGUCAAGCGGUGGAGGCCAUGGAUGACUUCGCCAGGGCACUUGACAUCAAACUUGACAAGGCAAAGACCUACAGCUGGGCGACCACCACUGCCAGCCGAAAGCACUCAGAUGGGAAAAACAUGGUACUUGACUUGCUGACCCAACAGCCUCCAGCCCGAUUUUUGCCGGGUCCGUCUGGAGUCUUUCUCAACCGCCUUCACAAGCUCAACUGGAGGAUCGCAACCUGGGGUGUUAGUGUCGCUGCCCUCCCAGAGAUGGAAUUCCCGCCUGUUGAGGCGGGUAAUGAAGCAGCAGAUGCCCUGGCCAUCCGGGCCAGACAAUUGUUGCCCCCUGAGGUCGCCCACGCCCAUCAACGCCUCAAGCUUGCCACUCAAGCAAGGUACAAGGCAUGCCAAGCCCUGCAUAGACUAUUGGUGGAGAUCGGCAUCAAGGUCACGGGCGAAAAAGAGGAACUGAAAGCAAAAGAGGAAACAGCUUGGGACGCAAUGCAGACCCAGCAGCCCCAGGUGGUUGAGAAGGUCAGUUUUGCUCAGCUACCAGUAGAUUUGAUCGAGCCAGCUGAACAUGCGCUGGGGAAUGGUUUUCAGAUUCUCUAUAAGUGGCUUUUGAAUCUGACCAGAGAUGCCUUUUGGAUCACUCUUCCGGUCGUGGCAACGGUGCCUAUUGUUGCCAGCUUCUCCAGCUUCAAUCGAAGGGGUCCACAGCAAGUUCACCGAAAGGGGUACGAAUGCUGUGAAAUCAGUACAUGCUGCUAUGUCGCAGUACACUGA